GAGAAAGAUAAAUUGUGUCUGAAGGUUGUAUGAACCAAACGCAACCUCCAUACUUGCAAGUGUAAAGAACAAAAAGACAUUAAAAUGAUGCUACUUACCAUCAUUUUGAUGCUGUCAGUGGCGAUUGGACACACAUACCCUUCAGGGCAUUUUCAAUAUUACUUAGAAGAUGAAUCUCCUGAUGAAACAUCACUUCGGGUUCUCAGGGGAACUGAUGCUCGUCCCACAGCUGGAUCUCCUUCUCCCAAGCUCUCAAUGCACUUCUCCAUGGGUGCAGGUCCUCAGCGGAGCACAUGGUGGUGGUCUCCAGAAAGGCCUUACACAAAGAGAAGGCAGAAUGUGGCGUACUACAAUCUCAAUUCUUUUGGUCUCCGCUAUGGGAAGAGAGAACAGGACAUGCUUGCAGGAUUUAAACAGAAGAUACCUGUGAAGUGAGGUCCAAUGGGCCUUUUUAAUACUGUUUAUUGUUCUUUCAUGUAAUUUAAUUGUAUGAUUGCCAUAAGUUAAUGUUUUUUACUCUAAAAUAAUGGUCCAGCUCACAAGUAAUUCUAGAGUGACUAGGUUACAAUUGAGUGAUUAGUAAUGCAUCUCAGUCCUAAAUUUAUGACUUAUAUGGAUUAGUUCUUAUUAGCUGAAGUGUUCAUGUAGUAGCUGCUUAUUUUUCCUGCAUUACUUCCAUUAUUCUAAAGUGUUACCCAUUAAUGGAAUAGUUAAUAAUCUUCAGUAUAAAGAGGUGUAAUGAUAACAAAAAUGAACAAAACAACCUGAAUAAAAUUACUUUAUUUGGUGACAUUUAAAAUAAAAGGUAAACAUUUUCAAAAUGACUGAACUUAAUGCAUUAGGUUAAACCUGUGAAAGUGUGUGCGUGCAUGCAUGUGCUGUACUUCCUGUUCACACACUCUGGUGAUCACAAAACUAACAUAGUUUUUUUGUUUUAAAUUGUUCUCAGGCUUAGCCUUUUUAAUUACAAAUAAACUGUGAAAUACUUCAUGUUGCCACAUCAAGCACAUAUAUACAGUAUCUCACAGAAGUGACAUCCCUCACAUUUUUGUAAAUAUUUUAUUAUAUCUUUUCAUGUGACAACACUGAAGAAAUUACACUUUUCUACAAUGUAAAGUAGUUGUUAUAGCCUACGGCAUAUUUAUGUAGAGCAACAAUUCUUUUUUCAGAUCCUCAAAGUUCUUUGCCAUGAGGUGCCAUGUUGAACUUCCAGUGACCAGUAUGAGAGAGUGAGAGCGAUAACACCAAGGCUGCGUUCCAGUUCGGUUUUUAAAUGCUCUUCCCUCGCUAACUUCACUUGGUCUCGUUGACUCAGAUGUACGUCAUUUCUUAUGUUGCACGAGUGCCCACUACUGGCGGAACCCUUGCACUGGGCUGAACUGGAACGUCCUAAGCCCUUGAUCGAUUGGAAUUCGCAAUGGAGCUGAUUUAUUAUUUAUAUUGUCCCCUUAAAAAAUUGUUUAAUACAGCAUUCUAUAUGUAUAUAUGUGUGUUUUAAAUGUUUAAAAAAAUAAUUAAUAUAUCAUAGAGUUGUUUGUGGUGGAGUAAAUUAAACGUGAUAUGUGGUGAUGUCAUAAUCGUGUUGCAUUGUGGGUUAUAUAGCUGCCUGAAGUGUACAUAUGAAGUAAACUCGCUCCCUCGGUCAAAAUCGAGGGAGCGAGGGUCUGCCCAUAUAAACUUCCCUCGUC